AUGCCUAUACCACUCUUACGAUUCCCGUAUGUUGUCCAAAAGGAAAUUUUCAAAUCAAUGGAAUAUUGCGAAGUGUUCAUAAUGUCACUUUGCUCGAAACAAAUAAAAUAUUUUGUGAUUCGAGCAAAACGAAGGGUACCUAAGAUAUGGUACGUUGUGUUCCCUAGCCGUAAUCUCAUUGCAGUCGAAGAAGAGUCCGGUCAGGUGGAAACGGUUAUCGCGAUUGUUGAGACGCCGGAGCUGAAUGAGAUGAAAUCAACAAUGGAAUUGAAAAUUGGAGAACAUUUCAAAGCAUACGGAACGUGA